CUCUACCGCCCGGCUCCACGCUCAGAUCCAGCGAUAGACGGAGGUGAGUCACACCGAAACCUGCAGGAGUCUCUCCGCCCCUCAGUCCGCUCUCCGCUCGGUGUGGAACAUUGCGUUCGGUUCGGAUCACGCUCCUACCGUAACGUGUGAUAAUCAGGGAGAUUCCGAUCAGAAGCUGAAGAGAAAUGAAGCUCCGCGCCGUGUUCAGCUUUCUCCUGUGGUUUGGAAUUUCUCCAGCAGUGGGUACAAUUUCACCCUGCCUCCCGUGGACCUUCAGGACACCAGAACCUAUUUCUAUGUCAGGUAUGGCUAAUUUGCCAAGACCUAGAAACGUCAGGCCUCAGACUCUCAACACAGAUUACAUCCUGAAAUGGGAUUGGGAUCAGACAGCGAGCAGUGAGAGUAGCACUACCUUCACUGCACAGUCUCUGGCGAAGUACAAGGUCAAAAACGCGAAGCGAAAGAAUGACUGGAAAACAGUGUGUGAGUGCACAUCGGAACACCACUGCGACUUCACUGGUGCGGAACUGUACUAUUUGGGAAUGUGGCUGCUUCGUGUGAGAGCUCAGAACGAGUCGCACGUGUCCUCCUGGGUCCAGAUUGAAUUCUGUCCUGACAGAGACGCUGCCAUCGGUCCCCCAUCAGCAGUGGAGGUGAAGCCUGUAAAAGGUAUGCUGGAAGUUGCCAUCUCUGACCCUUUGACUAGCGAAAACACUUCAAUGAAAGACUGGGUUAAAGAUCUCCAGUAUAUUGUCCAGUACUGGAAGGAUCCUCUGGAGAUGCAGAAAAAAAAGCAACUGGUUAUCACCACUAACCUGGUGACUCUGCCUGAUCUGGAGACGUGGACGGUGUACUGUGUGCGGGUUCAGUCCCGAUAUGACUUCUACAACAAAAGCAGCACCUUCAGUCCCAUCCACUGUGAACAGACCGAAGGUCAGAUGCCUUACUGGCAGAUUUUUCUCUACUUCCUGCUCUCGCUGGCAGUGAGCUUCCUGUUGGUGCUGGGACUCUCCUUCUGCUUCUUUAAGUCAUUUAAGGCCAUCAAGAACACCUUCUACCCUUCCAUCCAGCUCCCGACCCACAUACAAGAGUACCUCUGCGACUCCCCUGGCUCAGACAUGCCGCACUUGCUGACCACCGAGUCAGAGGUGGAGAUCUGCUGCGACCGGCUGGACAUCCUGGCUGCUGACACUGUGGCCACAGACGUGGUGAUGGAGAUCCACAACCCGCCCCAGGAUUCAGAGCAGGACAGCAGGAACCACAUUCGCCACAGCAGCGGAGACUCUGGCGUGUACUCCACUGAGGAGGGCACGGGUGCCAGCCAGGCCUUGAAAGAAGGUGAAAAAGUGAAACUGGAGAAAAUUGGGGCGAUAAGCUUUCACAGGGAGCGAGAGGCGGAGCAGGAACAGAGGAUACAGGAUGCCUGUGUGUAACACUGCCUCAGGAAACAGCCUGGAGAUGAAAGAGCGCUUUCAUGUUCUGCUGCUGCUCUCUCUGCCCUCUCUCACCUGCUUCCUGUAGUGAGAAAACAGACAGCUUCUCACUGUUAGAGGGAGAAGGUGAGCGAGGAGAUUUUGAUCAGUGACUUUGUCAGAGUUUGACAGGCCGAACAGCAAGUGAAAAAUAAUGCAACACAUCUUCUGUGAUAAAGGAGAGGGACACGUUAUAUUGUCUCUUUCUCGUCCUCUGUAUAAUUGAAACAGAGAACCUAGGGCAGGAUGCUGUGAUUUUGUUGUUUGUUCAUGGCAGGCCAUGAAAAUUGCAUAAAUGUUUAUGGAGUCGUUGAAGCUGCUGCUGUGUGUUUUUGGGACAAUAUGGAAGACUUCAGUGCUCAGUACCUCCCUGUCCACAUGUAGGGCGCCUUUUAUGGAGAUUAGCAGCAUUCUAAAAAGCCAUAUUUAGCCACGAAUGCGGAGCCAACCUGUGCUCAGUGUCUGAUGUUUACUUUUUUUUCCAGAUAAUCUGCACAUAUAGACAUAUGAACAUGUAGUCAGUGAUGGGACCAGGAGGGGUUAAGCAUGGGCUCCAUCUGGGUUGUAUACUGCACUGUGAGAUUAAGGUGAGCUGUAGUGAUAGGGCGGACAUUUAGGAAACCAAACUGGGUCUCAGUAACGAUCCCCACAUGGCCAUUUACAUGCAUUAAUAUGACCAUCUGCGAAACUCUCCCAGCUCAGCUCUGGCUGAGACCUAGACUCUACACAAGACAUCUGAAGGUCUCUCGUUGUGUCUGACCCCUGCAUCUGCAUCUUCCCCUGUUAUAUCAUUUUUAAACUCUAGAGCAGGAGUCACUAAUAGGCGGACUGCGGUAACCGAUAAACUAUUGAGAAGGAUUUAAUUCUGACGGUGUUCAUUUAAAGCAGCAGAACGUUUAUUGUCUUUAUGGUUUACGUGCUUUACAGUGCAGUAAACUUACAGACCAAUCACGUGUGCUGUAAGAUCACCAAACGCUCUCCUCAGCCAAUCAGAUCUGUGCAGAUGCGAGAGCGUGGAGCCACACAAUUGAAGCAGGCGGCGAGUGGAUACAGAUGGUGCGCACCAGAAAAAACAUUAAAAUACUACAGUUAUAAAACAUACUAACAGUAAUGUAACCUUGCGGUGUUACUCUGAGGAAUUAAAGAGAAACAACCGAGACAAGAGUGCAAAAUAUUCCACUUUACUCAACCUGAUCAGAAAAACCCUCGCUCGCAGGCGCGCUCUCUCUGCUCACAAAACAACCCUACCUCAAAACUAAGGCAGCCCACAGGGGACAAAAAGCAUUGGCAACUUCCCCCAUCAGUUUUACCCACAACAUAAUAAAGUAUGCUACAGUAAUAAUAUUAAAUAAAAUAAAGCUGCUGUUUUUAAAAAAAGCUGACAUUUUGGCCAAGUUCAGCAAACAUUUCUCCAUAUAUUGUACGAUUUAUCAUUCAUGUAAUUAUUUUUAUGACAGGCAGGCCUAAAUCUAAUAUAAAUAAAAUCAAAUAGAAUAAAUAUAGCACUUUAAAACAAAGUGACCAUACAGAUUUACAUUAUUAGACUCGAUAUGUUAAAUUAUUGAGGGUGUUUCCAUUUAUUUUAUGAUAGGUUGAUCGUAAAAUUAUUGUGACAGGUCUAUUUAAAACAAUAAAUAUUGUUGAAAUAUACUAGUAUGUGUAAUUUGUUUUGUCUUUCAGUUGUUGGUGACAUAAAACUCUGACAGAACUACUAAAGGCUUCUUCAGUAAACAGAAUAAAACACUGAAUUAUAACACAAAUUAACAUUGGCGACGUUCCGGACCUUAGCCUGAUGACAUUUUCUCUAACUGGACCAAACUGAAUUCUGAUUAAUUACCCCUGCUCUAGAGGAUGCCUGCUGUGAGUCCUUCAUGAAUAAGGGUGAAUGGAGCUAAAAUCAAAUCAAAUGUAUUUGUACAGUGCUUUAUAAAAAUAGUUCUGUGUUGAGGACUAGAGAUUCUCAUGUGCGUUUAGUUUCUCACAGAGAAAAAAUUUAUAAUUUGUGACCCCAUGUUGCUGAUGAGUCAUCUAUCAUGAAAGUCUCCAACAACUGAAGGACACACACAUGUCUCAAAAAGUUGUGGAGUGUGAACCUGGCAUAAAUUGUGAAGUGAAUAAGCUGUAUCAAAUUCAAGACCUUUACAAUUAAAUGUAUCCCGCACCAUAUUAUACUUUAUCUGUUGACUAAGGUACCAAUAUGAAUAGUUAAAACACAAAUAAAUACUCAUUCAUUCAUCUGGAGCUGCGCUUAGCUUAGAGCUGUAUUUCCAUAAGAUUGUUUGCAAAUUGCACCACUUCGUGUUACUGCAUUACUGUGGUACGAAUCGUAGAUGGUGAGCAGGAAAUGAUUUUCUGUGAAUGGCUACAAUAACCUCACAAUAACUUCAGUACAAUACCACACACUGUGUUAUAGUAUAAAACUCAGUAUAACUAGCAUGCUGGUUACCUCUGUUACCCUAAUCAGAAUCCAGAUGUGGCCAACAUUAUGCCUGAUCUUCACACAAUAACCUCAGUACAGUACCACACACUGUUAUAGUUUAAAAAGUAGUAGAACUAGCAUGCUGGUUAACUCUGUUACCAUAAUUAUGCCAGAAAAUGACAUACUUACCAUAACAUAAUGCAGCAUGUUGAGUUUCAGUAUAAACCUGUAUGUACCUAGUAGCAGAGCUUCAAAAUCUUAUCAAAACUAACAGUAAGUUCGAGCUAGCCUACUGUUUUAAAACGUGAUAGUUCCAAUAAAUAUAUGAUUAAAUAAUUAUUAAACUUAAAUUCCACAAAGCCAGCAAGUUACCUAAUAAUAAUGUUGGUUUCGAUUCAUUCAAUAAAUUAAACACAUUUUCUUUAUACAAACUCUUAACAAUAUUAUAAUACUUUAUACCCAUUUUUUAAUGCUUCUGCAGAUAAUCAUGCUAAUGCUAACUGAGUUGUCUGUGUGUGUGUGUGUGUGUGUGUGUGUGUGUGUCUGCGUUUUGCAGUCCAGAUACAUGCUGAGGCUGUUUUUUAUAUGAUUCUUAUAGAAUCUAAAGAUACAGAUUUUUUUUAAAUAUUUGUUAGUGUUUGUGAGAUGCUUCUUGAAGCUCUAUAAAGCUGCAUUCUGCAUCUGUCUUCAACAGUGGAUAUUUUAUAUGUAUGCACUUUUUAUAUCAGUUUCUCUUCUGUGUAAAUGUUGGAGUAAGGUCUUUUUGUUUUCUUGUUUAAGUAAGCUGUCUGAAAUAACAAUUCUAAGAAAAGUAGCUUCUGAGUAGCUCUGCAUGCAUGUUAAAAGUGCCCACGAAGUUUUUUAUAUGAAAAAAUAUAUAAUCAAGAAAUUAUUUGUUUGGAACGUUUCUCAUACAGUUCCAGCAGUGGCAGGUUUGUGGUUGUUGAAGUGAUGCUGUUGAUAACUGACCGUUAAACAGGAAUAUAAAAUAAAGAGAACCAGAAUACCCAGUU